GACGAUAACCAUAUUAUGUGGUUUAGAUUUUUUGUUCUGGAUAAUAAUGUCAGAGAUUUGGUAUCCUUAUAUAAUUCUCCAUUUUUUUUUUUCUUUCUUUAUUUUCUGCUUCUGACAAACGAAAAAACAAACCCGCGUUGACAUGUUGGUGUUAGUACUGAUUCUUUUUGUGGUAUCUCGUGGAGCUGUUGAACAGUAUCAUUUUGCAAUGGCACUCUGCGAUUCUCAUUCGGCGAAUGCGCUGACGCUGGAAUCGGUAAGAGACUCCUUGGUGAGACAAGAAGACACUAUCGUCUACGCUCUGAUAGAGCGGGCCCGUUUCCCCAUCAAUUCUCCGGCUUACGAUCAUUCUUACGCUAAAAUCCCGGGGUUUUCAGGCUCCUUGCUUCAGUUUCUUGUCCGGGAAACCGAGGCCCUCCAAGCUAAGGCUGGCAGAUUUACAAACCCUGAAGAACAUCCUUUUUUUCCCGAUGAUUUACUGCCCUCGCUGGUUCCUCCUUACAACUAUACCCAGGUUUUACAUCCACCAGCCGUUUUCAUUAACAUGAACAAGUCCAUAUGGGAAAUGUAUUUUGAGAAACUUCUCGCGUUGUUUGCUGCCCCGGGUGAUGAUGGCAAUUAUGCAUCAACUGCUGCUAGUGAUCUUGUCUGUUUACAGGCCCUCUCCAGAAGGAUUCAUUAUGGGAAGUUAGUAGCUGAGGUAAAAUUCAGAGAAUCCCCUCAAGAUUAUGAGCCAGCAAUUCGCGCCCAGGAUAGAGAUGCUCUGAUGAAAUUGCUGACAUUUGAGAGUGUGGAAGAGAAAGUGAAGAAGAGAGUUGCGAAGAAGGCCAUGGUGUUUGGGGAAGAUGUGACCCUGGACAAUAAGGAAGAAAAAAGAGGAAAGUACAAGGUUGAUCCCUCUAUAGUUUCUCGACUCUAUGGGGAGUGGGUGAUGCCUCUUACCAAGCUUGUCGAAGUUGAGUACCUCCUACACCGCCUUGAUUGAAGCCUAAUUCUCCUUCAUAUUCAAAUCAUCAACGCGAUGGAGUUUCAAAACCGACCCGGUUUCAGAAUGUAAGUUAUAAUAGAGGAAAAUCAUAUUUGUAAUAUAUUUACAACUGAGAUUUGAGGACUUGAUGCUUCACAACGCAUCCAUGAUUUCCUCAACUGUAUCAUGACUGAAACAUUUAUCAAUGGUGUCAAUCCUGAGUCAACAUCAAAACAGGAGAGAAUGUAAAUUAACUGUGGAAACAUUUGGAUCA